CCGUAUCCGGUCUGAGUGACGAUGCUGCGGAUACAAAAAAGAGAAAGGGAAAAUAGGAAUAGCUAGCUAAGAACAGCGAAAAACGAUUUACUCUUGUUUAGAAGUUUUGCGGAUGCUAAAUCAGUAUUUUUGAUUACCUAUGUCAAGUAACUUAUGUUAGCUAGCCAAUAGAGAGAGAUGAUAGAUAUUUGAGAAUAUUUAGCAUUAUCCUAGCUGGCUUAGCUAGCAACGUUAGCUACCAAGGUGGAAAUUGUUUGACAGCACAUUGUCUGGGUGACUAGCUAUUUCGCUCUUUUUGUUUUUAUCUUUGACUUUUUAUUAAUCUUGGUGAUAAUGGCAACAUCGGCACUGUACGCGUGUACGAAGUGUAACCAGCGGUAUCCGUUCGAAGAACUGUCGCAGGGACAGCAACUGUGCAAGGUUUGGACUGGAAGUGUGUGGGUGCUAGCUACCUGCUAGCUAGUUAACUAGCACCAUAUCUUGCAAUAUGAAUAGAUUAGCUAGCAACUGCUACAGGCGUAUAUGUUUCACGCGUGUUUCGACUGCUCCCUAGAUGUGUAAUUAUAAGGUCUCUGGCCACAUUAAGCACUUAUCGCAAGCGAUGAUUGCUUUGAUGCUAGAUUAUGUAACAACUAACUAUUAUCCUUGCAACCUGUCUGGGACGCAAAUGGCAACCUUGUUAGAUAAUGUCACGCAGGACGAUACAAUGUAUUCGCGAAAUGUUUUUUCUACCCAUGGAGUGUCUGCUGGGUGUAGCAGACAAAAUAACGUCAGAUAAACAUUUGUUAGCUAGCAAGAUCUUUUCACAAUACGUCUCCCAUGACCUGUUAAUUUAGCAUUUGUUUACACUUCAUGCCCCUUACAAAUAAGUAUAUUUUAUCAUCAAUGUAGCCACAGCGUCGGUGUCUUUAACCUACCGGCAGCUACAAAAUGUAAUUCCAGGGGGCUCAGUGUACCAUCCCUCUUCGGCCAGUAGUGUAGGCUAUGUUCCACAUAAAUUGUAAAUGCAAUGGGCAGAAAUCGAGUUAUAAUUCCAGUGGCAAAUGGUAACAUUUUAAUACAUUUUGCUAUUCAUGCUGGUGCGUUGGAAAUACAUAUUUCACAUUGCCAUAAUAAGCACACCACCACACAUACUGGGCAGAAGGCUUGAAAACCUGUGUCUGAAUAUAAGGUGCCUUUGUAAGCACACUAUUCCAUUAAUGGUUAAUAAUUGUUUUAAAAAAUGCAUAACGCAAUACAAACAUUUAAGUGAAUUCUUAAAAUGUUAUGGCCUACAUUUGUAUAUUUUUGUAUUUAUUUUUAAGCAAUUGGCCUUGAAAGGGCUGAAUAAACUCUCCAACAGAUGAAUCCCUCAAAUGCUUUGUUUCUUGUGUCAACAGGAGUGUCGCAUCGCUCAUCCCAUCGUCAAGUGUACAUACUGCAGAUCAGAGUUUCAGCAGGAGAGGCGAGUUCUGCUCCACCACCUUUACUGUACAUGGUAUUAUUAUUCCAAAGGUAUCACCAUGUAAUAUAGUGAUAACAUUGGUUCCAGGAUGUUGAUGCGAUUUCUUUUUCACAUUCUCUAUUCCAGCAAAACAAACACCAUUUGCAAGAAGUGUGCCCAGAAUGUAAAGCAGUUUGGGACGGUAAGUUUUGACUUGAAUUGAAGCAUCUGUUAUAAUUGUACAGUAUGUGUUGACUCAGUUAAGGUGAUGUUUGCCAAAUCUUCUGUUGUUUCCCACGCAGCCUAAACCCUGCCAGUACUGUAACAUCAUUGCUGCUUUCAUCGGGACAAAGUGUCAGCGUUGCACUAACUCGGAGAAGAAGUAUGGCCCUCCACAGACCUGCGAGCAGUGCAAACAACAGUGCGCAUUUGACCGCAAGGAGGAGGGCAGGAGAAAGGUAGGCACAGACACCUGCUGCAUUGAUACCCUAACACACAUUGUCCAACACUCAUUGGGUCGCGUAUUCACCAUUUUCCACUGUCCUGUGUGUGUUGUCAGGUGGAUGGGAAGCUGCUGUGCUGGCUAUGCACUCUGUCCUACCGCCGUGUGCUGCAGAAGACCAAGGAGCAAAGGAAAGGCUUCAGCUCCUCCCACUCCAACACCUCCUCGCUCAAUGAGAAGGACCACCACUCCAGACAGCAUCAUCAACACCACCAGCAGCACAGACACAGCAGCUCACAUAAGUAGGCCAUGGUGCCACAACCCUGUCCUCUAUAUGUUAGGCCAUUACAUCCUCUGUGAUGCGGGUCUUCCGCAGGUCUCUACUCUGUCACAAUACUGUAUAUGUAUUGUGCUGAACGGGCACUUUUUGGAAGGAUGUAGUGGUCUCUGAGUAAUGAUGCAUGUGUCAGAUAUGGGAAGGAACAUGGUGGAAGGGAAAAAUCUCUGAUGACUUGGUGUUUUUUUUGUUUGUCUUUUUGUAGACUCAGUGGGAGCCUAAGUCCAGAACAGGAGCAGGGACUGUGGAAGCAGAGGUGAGACAUACCUUCCCCCCUCUCUCUCUGAAUCACAUUCCCCAGUCUUUAUUGACUGUUAUGACAAGGCUAUUUGCCUAGUAAUGCAACUUAGUUGAACUAUGGCAUACUCUGGGAUACUUUACAGGUCUGAUGGAGAGCCUCCGUGGCUAAAGUUGUGUGUUGGUUCUCCCCUCAGCCAUAAAUCGUCUUCGAUCCAGAAGGAGACCCCAAAGAAGAAGCCAAAACUGGAGGUGAAGCCAUCCAACGGGGACAGGUACGAGAGGAGUUUCAAUCACAUGUAAGGAGUUACAAACCGGUUCUAACUUUUGAAGUAAACAGGGCAAACAUCCAGUAGGUUCCUACUGACACUUUUUUGGCCUUCAUGGUUCUAACACAUCUCUGUGAUAGUUGCCAUCAAGGUGUUGUUGGAGCAGGUAAUGGCACAAAGUGGGUCAGUGUGGAAAAAUAUCUGAGUCCAGGUACUUUCCUUUUUCUGACAAUCUAACUUUUCUUCCCUUCUCUCUCUCUCCUCUCUCCCAUCAGUAGUUCCAUCACCCAAUCUAUGGAUUCUGGAGGAACGGACAACUUCAUUCUGAUCAGCCAGCUGAAAGAGGAAGUGAUGUCAUUAAAGAGAAUGCUUCAGCAGAGGGAUCAGACAAUACUGGAGAAGGACCGAAAGGUACACACUUAAUUGUAUCUUCACAGUAAUACAUGCCCCUAAACAACCACUGCUGAGAUGGGCUGCCCCCAGGUGGUAAGGGUAGGCAACAACACAUCUGCCGCGCUGAUCCUCAAGCUUAGUCCCCUCCUGUACUCCCUGUUCACCCACGACUGCGUGGCCAGGCACGACUCCAACACCAUCAUUAAGUUUGUUGACGACACAACGGUGGUAGGCCUGAUCACCGACGACAAUGAGACAGCCUAUAGGGAGGAGGUCAGAGACCUGGCAGUGUGGUGCCAGGACAACAACCUCUCCCUCAACGUGAGCAAGACAAAGGAGCCGAUCGUGGACUACAGUAAAAGGAGGGCCGAACAGGCUCCCAUUCACAUCAACAGGGCUGUAGUGGAGCGGGUUGAGAGCUUCAAGUUCCUUGGUGUCCACAUCACCAACAAACUAUCAUGGUCCAAACACACCAAGACAGUCGUGAAGAGGGCACGACAACGCCUAUUCCCCCUCAGGAGACUGAAAAGAUUUGUUAUGGGUCCCCAGAUUCUCAAAAAGUUCUACAGCUGCACCAUCGAAAGCAUCCUGAUCGGUAGCAUCACUGGUUGGUAUGGCAACUCGGCAUCCGACCGUAAGGCGCUACAAGCUUCCUGCCAUCCAGGACCUCUAUACUAGGCGGUGUCAGAGGAAGGCCCAAAUAAUUAUCUGACUCCAGCCACCCAAGUCAUAGACUGUUCUCUCUGUUACCGCACAGCAAGCGGUACCGGAGCGCCAAGUCUAGGUCCAAAAGGCUCCUUAACAGCUUCUACCCCCAAGCCAUAAGACUGCUGAACAAUUAAUCAAAUGGCCACCUGGAAAAUGUGCAUUGUUUUUACACUGCUGCUGCUCGCUGUUUAUUAUCUAUGCAUAGUCACUUUACCCCUACCUACAUGUGACUUUUGGUCAUGUUGUAUUCACCAGAUCGUCUCCCUCUUUGUUUUGUACUUCCAGCUCACAGAAAUCAAAGCAGACUUCCAGUACCAGGAAUCCAACAUGAGGGUUAAGAUGAAUAACAUGGAGAAGGCACACAAAGAGGCCAUGGAACAGCAACAGGUAGAGUAAAAACCACCAUACACACAAAAAAAAACUGACAUCGUGUGGGCCGCUAGCUAGAUUUCCAUCCAAUUGGCAACACAUUUUCAUGCAAAUAUUCUAAAAUCUGCAUAAAAAUAAUACACACAUUUUUCCACCAAAUGUGUUUCCAUCAAAUUGACUCGUUGGUCAUAAAAGGCUGUGCGUGAUGACAUGGUGCAUAUAGAAUACCUUUUGCAGUUAAGUUCCCAUGUACCGAAUAAAAAAAAAUCCAAGUUAAAUGGGUUUCCAUCUAUUUAUUUUUUAAACUCUGAUGGUUUUCUCUCAAAACAUUUUGUGUUAUAUAGCGAGUGUGCCCACUCUGGUAUUGGCAUGUGCGCUCUAGCCAACAGCUGGCAGAUACAGUGCGGGUAUAGCCUACAUGAUUUUUGGACGAAAGAGCGAGAUUAUUUUUAUUUGUCAAAGAAUAAGACCCUUGACUUUUAUUGGAAAGGAGCAUCAAGCUCAUCACCUUGCACCACCCUGUGAAGUUCAUCAUAGCUUAUUUCAUCUAGCCUAAUAAACUGCAUACUUUCCCGAGUCAUCGCGUGACUCCAAGUUUACUUUGAUAUGAUGGUUAUUGUAUCAAUAUUUGUGCAUAAAAGCGUUUCCACUGACAUUUCUUGCAUAAUUAAUUUUACUGACAAAAAAAGGUCCCACCUUGUCUAGCGAAUUUCGUUUUGUAGCCAUUUGGAAAGUUUCCGGACUAAUUGUUUCCAUCAUGCCUGUCAUAUAAAAAUAAAAAAAUCUGACAUGUUCUUUACUCCCAUAAAAAGGUUAGAUGGAAACCUGGUUAUUAAGUUCCAGCACAAUAUGUUGACAUGGACCCUCUCAAGCACAUAGGAUUAAAACAACUUUCCUAACAAGUUAGAGGCACAGUAGGAUGUACAAUGCCUUCAGAUAGUAUUCAUACCCCUUGACUUAUUCCACAUUUUGAUGUUACAGCCUGAAUUCAAAAUGGAUUAAAUAGAUUUGUUCUUCUCAUCCAUCUACACACAAUACCCCAUAAUGACAAAGUGAAAACAUGUUUGCAAAUGUAUUUAAAAUGAAAUACAUAAAUCUAAUUUACAUAAGUAUAUCCCUGAGUCAAUACUUUGUAGAAGCACCGUUGGCAGUGAUUACAGCUGUGAGUCUUACUGGGUAAGUCUCUAAGAGCGUUCCACAUCUGGAUUGUGCAACAUUUGCCCAUUUUUAUUAUUUUCAGAAUUCUUCAAGCUCAGUUAAAUUGGUUGUUGAUCAUUGCUAGACAACCAUUGUCAGUUCUUGCCAUAGAUUUAAGCAGAUUUAAGUCAACACUGUUACUCGGCCACUCACUGUCUUCUUGGUAAGCAACUCCAGUGUAGAUUUGGCCUUGUGUUUCAGGCUAUUGUCCUGCUGACAGGUGAAUUAAUCUCCCAGUGUCUGGUGGAAAGCAGACUGAACCAGGUUUUCCUCUAGGAUUUUGCCUGCGCUUAGCUCCAUUCUGUUUUUUUUCUUCCUGAAACUCCCCAGUCCUUAACGAUUACAAGCAUACCAAUAACAUGAUGCAGCCACCACUAUGCUUGAAAAUAUGGAGAGUGGUACUCAGUAAUGUGUUGUAUUGGAUUUGUCCCAAACAUAACACUUUGUAUUCAGGACAAAAACUGAAUUGCUUUGCCACAUUUUGUUUGCAGUAUUACUUUAGUGCCGUGUUGUAAAAACAAACAUGCAUGUUUUGGAAUAUUUUUAUUCUGCACAGGCUUCCUCCUUUUCACACUGUCAAUUAAGUUAGUAUUGUGGAGUAAUAACUACACAUUUUUUUAAUUUAACCUUUAUUUGACUAGGCAAGUCAGUUAAGAACCAAUGACGGCCAAAGCCGGACGACGCUGGGCCAAUUGUGCGCUGCCCUAUGGGACUCCCAAUCACGGCCAGUUGUGAUACAGCCUGCAAUCGAACCAGGGGCACUGAGAUGCAGUGCCUUAGACCACUGCGCCACUCGGGAGCCCCAACAAUGUUUUCUCCUAUCACAGCCAUUAAACUCUGUAACUGUCAUGGUGAAAUCCCUGAACGGUUUAAUUUCUCUCCGCAACGGAGUUAGGAAGGACGUCUAUCUUUCUAGUGACUUAGUGUAUUGAUACACGUAUCCUGAAAGCAUGAUGGUGUACUUACUAUGUACACAUGCUAAAAGAAAGGAACGAGGUGGGUAGAUAACUGUGUCAUUGUAGCAAAGUAUUUAUAAACAAAAAAUCAGAUCUCUUAAACAUUUCAUUCAUUUUCGUUCUAUUAUCAAUACAAUAGGCCAUAAUUUAUUUUGGCCCAAUAGGCCUGGCAUAUUCCCACGUUCAAGGAGCUUUCCGUUUUGAUUGGGUUAUUUUGCCUGAACAUUUAGGCCUACCUAUAGAAAAAUAAGAAAACAACUCUGCAUCUCUGCCCAGCCUGGCAAGAGUGGCCAAAAGGGUGUUUAGCAUCCUCAGUGGCUCUGGAAGUGUGGAGAGGAUAUUCUCUGCUGCUGGCGGGCUCUCCAGACACCAUCGCAUGAGCCUGAAGCCACAGAUUGGCCAAACUCGUGUUUCUAAAAAUGAAUUUAAAGGCACUAAUAAUUUGUAUUUCAUUCUAAGUCACAGCCUAUAUGCACAAUUUAUAGACUAUAAUGAUUUAAAACAACAAAAUGUUUGUCCCACCAGCCUAUUAUGUCCUACUCGCAAAUGCUUCACAAUGUAUUUCUUUGUAGGCUAUAGCCUUGAAAUAAUUGAAAUAAUAUAGCUUUAAAUAAUUCAUUUGUGUUCCUUCUUAGGCUCCCUGUCUGGCUCCUGACCUAUUUAGUGUUUAUAUGCUGUUUAAUAUGACAUGUAGCCUAUUUGAAAUUAUGAGCGCUUCUUACAUUCACCUUUUCAUGUUUAUUCAAAUACUUUUCAUUCAAAUCCAUAUGGUUUGGUUUCAAUGCUUACAAACCAAUUGGUAGGUCCAGGUAGUAUCAAAAAUAGAUGGGUGUUGGUUAAAUUAUAAUUUUAAUGAACGGAGUGAAUUUGGAGAGGCGUGUUUUUUUUAAUUUAUUUUUGUGAGCGCGGAGCGGUUAUUUAGCGGAGUGGUAGGGAAUGACGUGGAGCACCGGAGCGGUGCUCAUUUCCAACCGCUCACAUUCUCUGGUGGGAUACAGAGAUGAGGUAGUCAUUUAAAAAUCAUGUGAAACACUUAUUGCACAUAGUGAGUCCGUGCAACUUAUGUGAAUUUUUAAGCACAUUUUUACGCCUGAACUUAUUUAGGCUUGCCAUAACAAAGGGGUUGAAUGCUUUUGGACUAAAGGCUUUUCAUUUUUAAUUUGCACAAACAAAAUCUCACUUUAAUCCCUUUUUAAAUUCAGGCUGUAACACAACAAAACUGUGGGAAAAGUCAAGGGGUGUGAAUACUUUGAAGGCACUGUAAUCAAACGCUCCUAGCUUGUGGUAAAGGCUUUCAUUAAACACAGAUGGUCACAUACUCACUUAUUUUCUUUUACUACAGGCCAAAAACCGGGAGCUGCUGAAACAAGUGGCCGCCCUCUCAAAGGGCAAGAAAUUUGACAGGACAGGGAGUUCACUGCUGUUACCGUAACGACAAGCCCACCCAACCACGGCUCAGAGUGGCUUCAUUGUUUUAACGCUGUGAAAGCCUGAUGCCAUUCUACCUUUCCCUCCCUCCUUCCUGUGUUUUCUCAAUCGUUUUGAUCCUUUUCAGUUAUGUUCUUUGUUGGAAAACUGGUGACCAUGCUGUAUAUGGAAAUCCUCUUUCAUGUUGACGUGACAAUAAGGACGCAUCCUCCAAAUUUCAACAUGUUUUAACCCUGAGUUUUAAUCUGCCAUGUGAUGUGACUGUGGAGGGAGGAGAGGAGAGAGCCUCGUUAACACUGCCCGGGUCCAACAGCAUGUUUUGCGCAAGGUGGAUACAAUUCUGUCAACAUCACAGAUCCCACUUGAUUUUUACGGAUGUCAUGCAAUUUUAUUUAUUCAAUUACAUUUUGUAGCUUUUGUUUUUUCUCACCACAUACUCAGAGCAUUUCCCAGGUUUGGGAGAUUUUUUUUCUUCAACAGCAACUUUCUCGUAACAUAUUAAUUAUAUUUUUCUAAAUGGACGUAAUUAUGGAAGAGGAACUCUCCUCCUUAUUGGAGACCCUUCUCAACUUACUAUGUAUGCAAAUGUCAACAGGGUGACUGACAACAGCAUUGCUGCCCAGCAGCAGAGACCUCCCUCGACGUUCAAGUCCAAAAACCAUGAACUCUACGAGAGAUAUUUUUAAACUUUGUUUUGUAGAGACACCUCCCAGCUGCCCUCUUUCUCACUGUGUGACAGCGGUAGUGCUUUGCUGUUUUUCUGUAGUGGAACGAUUUGCAUGACUUACUGCCAUAUACAGGUUGGCAUUGUGGUCUCCUGUACUGUAAUGUAGAGGUUCU